GUAAUUCUAUCCAGUCUUCAGAUCACAGCAUUCAGCUGCAGUGGCUCAUAUCAGUAAGCUGUAAGCAUCUGUCAGAAUCCAUUCACCCGAAAAACACAGGAUGAAGAAGAAGCUCAUCAUUGAUGUGGACACUGGGGUGGAUGACGCUAUGGCCAUCAUGGUGGCCCUCGCCAACCCUGAUGUGGAGAUUUUGGGGAUCACCUGCUGCCAUGGCAACACACCCCUGGAGAACGUCCUCAAGAACACACUGCGUGUCCUGAAAGUCUGCAACAGGCUGGACAUUCCAGUGUAUCGUGGCUGCUCAAAGCCUCUGCUGGCCCGCAAACAGCAUGCGGGUGAUUACCACGGGAAAGACGGGCUGGGGGAUGUCCCAGAUCCAGAUGCUCCAGGCUUGGAUCUGCUGCAGAAGAAGAACGCUGUGCAGGCCAUGAUCAAGCUUGUGAAAGAAAAUGCUGGAGAGGUAAUCCUCGUAGCCACCGCUCCCCUCACUAACCUGGCUGUCGCAGUGCAGUUGGACCCUUCCUUGCCAAAAAAGCUGAAGGCGCUCUACAUCAUGGGGGGAAACAGUGAAUCCAGAGGUAACACCACAGUGUGUGGAGAGUUUAACUUUGUAGCCGACCCAGAAGCGGCUUACAUCGUGUUGGACCGCUACACCUGCCCAACCUACAUCUCCACCUGGGAGUUCACCUGCAGGAACAGCCUGUCAUGGUCUUUCUGUGACACCUGGCUUGCUCAAUGUACUCAGAAAGCCGAAUUCAUGAAAAAGAUUUCCAAUCUUUCAAGGAUGAAAGCCCAAUCAGCUGACUAUCAGAAGGAGAUUACUGCAGGAACUGGUUUCAAUUCCUGUGACGUCUAUGCCUUAGCUGCUGCCAUCGAUGAUACACUGAUAACUGAGAGCGAAGAGGUUGCAGUGGCAGUGGAGUUGGAGGGGACCUACACCCGAGGCAUGAUGGUGGUGGACUACAUCCAGAAGCUGAAGAAAGACCAUAAGGCCAUCAUCAUGAAGAAAGUUGACUUGGAAAAGUUAAAGCAAAUGUUGACCAAUGCACUCAAAUAGAAAGUUUCUGUGCAUGCUGAAGGCCUGAGUUUGGCUCAUCACAAGAAAUAAAAACUGAUUCUUGUGCUGUUCCUGUGUGACAAACUGUCCACAACAUCCAUCAAGAAAUAGCUGUUCCAGCUUGGUGUUAAAGAAGUUGACUAGAUUUCAGCGUUAGUCCAACACCAUCUGCGAGACAGUCCUUGUUAUACUAAGUAAUACUAGUAAUACAAUCAUGGAAUAUGUUAAGUCUGUGACCCAACUAUGUAUUAAUACCUGAUGGGCAUGAACUAGGGCUACCACAGCUGUGGAAAAUAAGUGAUUAAAAAAAAUUAAGUGGC